UUUAAAAGAAUGUAUUUUCUUAUAUUUUCUAGACUUUAGACCCUAAUUCUGCUCUUACGAAGAACUCAAUUAUAAAUUAUAUUUAAUUAUUUUAGGAUUUUUAAUAGCCAUGUCUUUUACACCGCAAAAACUACUGUCUAAUGCAGUCCGAGAGAAAUGUUUGUCUACUUUAAAGGAAUUACCUUCUUAUUUUGGUAAGGAUCCAAAACCAUCUUUACAUGCAGCGGUAUUGGUUCCCUUAUGUGUCAAUAAUUCAGAAGUGUGCCUCUUAUAUACACUAAGAUCGUCAAAUUUGAACAGUCACAGUGGUCAAAUAUCAUUUCCAGGAGGAAAACUGGAUAACAAUGAAACAGUUUACGAAGCUGCUGUUAGGGAGACUGAGGAAGAAAUUGGUAUUAAUUGCAGUGAAAUUGAUAUUUGGGGCAAAAUGCCACAGGUUCAAGGAAGAGAAGGGGCUAUAUUGAUCACACCUGUGGUGGGCCUUAUUAAGGACUUUGAUGUCAAGAAAUUACAUCGAAAUCCUGAUGAAGUUGAAGAAAUCUUCACAGUUCCUAUAUCUGAUUUAUGUGACAGAAACAGUCAUGGCAAUUUUGAAUUUAACAACUUUUUCUUACCUGUAUAUCUGCAUAAGAAGCACAAAAUAUGGGGUAUCACCGGAUUAAUCACUCAUAUGUUUCUACAAAGUCUUUUGCCAGAAAAACUUUAUGAUUUUAAUUUUUAUAAUAAGAAGUACACAUUAGAUGAGUUAAUGCCAUCAAAACUAUGAUACAACAAGUGUAUAAAUUUUGUUGUGUAUAACAAUUACCUUAGUCUAAUUUUCUUUGUUUUUAAGCAACCAAUAUCAUUUUGCAGCAUGUAGUCAAUUUUUUAAGUUUGAAUACAACUGGUUAGCAUAUUGAAUGAAAAAUUGGUUGCUAAUUAGUUCAAAUGUACUGAAUAUAUUUAUUAAUGGAGUAUAUUAAUAUAUUCUUGUAAAAUAAAAUCAUAA